AUGAACAAGUCAAUGGAUACUCGACCUGUUGAAGCAUUGGAUGAGAUCUGCAAUGACAGCAAACCUUAUUGGGAAGCGCGUCUCGUCUUGUCCAAAGUUGAGUCGCUUAUGAACGACCCUAUCAGAUCAUGCACGUUCACGUCCCAGGAACGUCAAGAGAUCGUAACGAUAUUAUCAUCUUCCUCUCAACCAACCACAAGAUGGAAAUACUAUGCUCAGGAUAUUGUUGGAGACAACGAUGCGAAUAAGCAAAAGGUCCUACAGAUCCCGCCGAGGAAGCAACAAGAGCUCUUGGAUAUGGUUGAUGCUGCAAUGCAAGCAAAAUAUGAACAAGUGAUGCAUUUGCUGGGCAGCGACAACAUUCAGCUAGUACAAGACAAACAACAAAGCCUGCAGCAGAGCCGUGGAAGACUGAUACUCAAGCGAAGGAUGUUGACGAGAUUGGUAAAUCACUAUAUCAAGCUCAUUAUCAAAACGUUGAAGACCGUUUGGCUCAUUAUCAAGAGUUAUGAGAUGGAUGAACGGAAAAAGGAAACAUUCACGGCCUAUUAUUGCGCUUUGACUGAUACGUUGCUCCUUCGGAUAAAGAUUCUUCGUUUGACGAUGCUUCUCAAAAUGUAUGAUGCUGACUUUGUCAAUGCCCUGAAAUCAUUAAGUGCGAUAUUCCGGACACGAAUUGACGAGGCUCGAAUCAAAUUAUCUUUUGCUGAGAAGCGGAUACAAGAAUACGACGACUUGGGCCCCGAGAUGGAAACGAUCUUUGCUGCCUAUGCAGGGAUCUUGGAUGAAAUCGAUAAGACCGAAGACGACAUUUGUAAGAUCCGACAAUCCCGUUGA